AUGAGUGCGAUGGUUCUGCGCCUCAAACAGGCGGGCAUCAACACGCAAGUCUUGCAGGUGCAUUCCCCUCUCCUGCUUGCUUUCCACCCCAUCCACCCCUGGUUCCCCUUCUCCUGCUUGCUUUCCACCCCAUCCACCCCUGGUUCCCCCUCUCCUGCUUGCUUUCCACCCCAUCUGCCCCUGGUUCCCCCUCUCCAGACUGCUGUCCAUGCAAACCUUGGCCAAUACCCCAUUUCCCUUAUGCUCUCCACCCCCUCUUUCGCUGCUUUCCCUUUUUCUUUGUUGAAUGCUCGUGGUGUCAGGUUGGAGAGGAGGAAGGGGGGCUGGAGUGGGUGGAAAGCAUUUUGGAGAGGGGGAAGGGGGGCUGGAGUGGGUGGAAAGCAUGCAGGAGAGGGGGAAAGGGGGCUGGAGUGGGUGGAAAGCAUUUUGGAGAGGGGGAAGGGGGGCUGGAGUGGGUGGAAAGCAUUUUGGAGAGGGGGAAGGGGGGCUGGAGUGGGUGGAAAGCAUGCAGGAGAGGGGGAAGGGGGGCUGGAGUGGGUGGAAAAGCAUGCAGGAGAGGGGGAAGGGGGGCUGGAGUGGGUGGAAAGCAUGCAGGAGAGGGGGAAGGGGGGCUGGAGUGGGUGGAAAGCAUGCAGGAGAGGGGGAAGGGGGGCUGGAGUGGGUGGAAAGCAUGCAGGAGAGGGGGAAGGGGGGCUGGAGUGGGUGGAAAGCAUGCAGGAGAGGGGGAAGGGGGGCUGGAGUGAGUGGAAAGCAUGCAGGAGAGAGGGAAGGAGGGCUGGAGUGAGUGGAAAGCAUGCAGGAGAGGGGGAAGGGGGGCUGGAGUGGGUGGAAAGCAUGCAGGAGAGGGGGAAGGGGGGCUGGAGUGAGUGGAAAGCAUGCAGGAGAGGGGGAAGGGGGGCUGGAGUGGGUGGAAAGCAUGCAGGAGAGGGGGAAGUGCGGCUGGAGAGAGGGGGAAGGGGGGCUGGAGUGAGUGGAAAGCGUGCAGGAGAGGGGGAAGGGGGGCUGGAGUGGGUGGAAAGCAUGCAGGAGAGGGGGAAGUGCGGCUGGAGUGAGCGGAAAGCAUGCAGGAGAGGGGGAAGGGGGGCUGGAGUGGGUGGAAAGCAUGCAGGAGAGGGGGAAGGGGGGCUGGAGUGGGUGGAAAGCAUGCAGGACAGGGGGAAGUGGGGCUGGAGUGGGUGGAGAGCAUGCAGGAGAGGGGGAAUGGGGGCUGGAGUGGGUGGAAAGCAUGCAGGAGAGGGGGAAUGGGGGCUAAGGUGGGUGGAAAGCAUGCAGGAGAGGGGGAAGGGGGGCUGGAGUGGGUGGAAAGCAUGCAGGAGAGGGGGAAGUGGGGCUGGAGUGGGUGGAAAGCAUGCAGGAGAGGGGGAGGGGGGGCUGGAGUGGGUGGAAAGCAUGCAGGAGAGGGGGAAGUGGGGCUGGAGUGGUUGGAAAGCAUGCAGGAGAGGGGGAAUGGGGGCUGGAGUGGGUGGAAAGCAUGCAGGAGAGGGGGAAGGGGGGCUAAAGUGGGUGGAAAGCAUGCAGGAGAGGGGGAAGGGGGGCUGGAGUGGGUGGAAAGCAUGCAGGAGAGGGGGAAGUGCGGCUGGAGUGAGUGGAAAGCAUGCAGGAGAGUGGGAAGGGGGGCUAAAGUGGGUGGAAAGCAUGCAGGAGAGGGGGAAGGGGGGCUGGAGUGGGUGGAAAGCAUGCAGGAGAGGAGGAAGUGGGGCUGGAGUGGGUGGAGAGCAUGCAGGAGAGGGGGAAGGGGGGCUGGAGUGGGUGGAAAGCAUGCAGGAGAGGGGGAAUGGGGGCUGGAGUGGGUGGAAAGCAUGCAGGAGAGGGGGAAUGGGGGCUAAGGUGGGUGGAAAGCAUGCAGGAGAGGGGGAAGGGGGGCUGGAGAGAGGGGGAGGGGGGGCUGGAGUGGGUGGAAAGCAUGCAGGAGAGGGGGAAGUGGGGCUGGAGUGGGUGGAAAGCAUGCAGGAGAGGGGGAAUGGGGGCUGGAGUGGGUGGAAAGCAUGCAGGAGAGGGGGAAGGGGGGCUGGAGUGGGUGGAAAGCAUGCAGGAGAGGAGGAAGUGGGGCUGGAGUGGGUGGAGAGCAUGCAGGAGAGGGGGAAGGGGGGCUGGAGUGGGUGGAAAGCAUGCAGGAGAGGGGGAAUGGGGGCUGGAGUGGGUGGAAAGCAUGCAGGAGACGGGGAAGGGGGGCUGGAGUGGGUGGAAAGCAUGCAGGAGAGGGGGAAGGGGGGCUGGAGUGGGUGGAAAGCAUGCAGGAGAGGGGGAAGGGGGGCUGGAGUGGGUGGAAAGCAUGCAGGAGAGGGGGAAGGGGGGCUGGAGUGGGUGGAAAGCAUGCAGGAGAGGGGGAAGGGGGGCUGGAGUGGGUGGAAAGCAUGCAGGAGAGAGGGAAGGAGGGCUGGAGUGAGUGGAAAGCAUGCAGGAGAGGGGGAAGGGGGGCUGGAGUGGGUGGAAAGCAUGCAGGAGAGGGGGAAGGGGGGCUGGAGUGAGUGGAAAGCAUGCAGGAGAGGGGGAAGGGGGGCUGGAGUGGGUGGAAAGCAUGCAGGAGAGGGGGAAGGGGGGCUGGAGUGGGUGGAAAGCAUGCAGGAGAGGGGGAAGGGGGGCUGGAGUGGGUGGAAAGCAUGCAGGAGAGGGGGAAGGGGGGCUGGAGUGGGUGGAAAGCAUGCAGGAGAGGGGGAAGGGGGGCUGGAGUGGGUGGAAAGCAUGCAGGAGAGGGGGAAGUGGGGCUGGAGUGGGUGGAAAGCAUGCAGGAGAGGGGGAGGGGGGGCUGGAGUGGGUGGAAAGCAUGCAGGAGAGGGGGAAGUGGGGCUGGAGUGGGUGGAAAGCAUGCAGGAGAGGGGGAAUGGGGGCUGGAGUGGGUGGAAAGCAUGCAGGAGAGGGGGAAUGAGGGCUAAGGUGGGUGGAAAGCAUGCAGGAGAGGGGGAAGGGGGGCUGGAGUGGGUGGAAAGCAUGCAGGAGAGGGGGAAGUGGGGGCAGUGA